CUACUAACGCCGGUUUACGGCUACAGGCCUUGAACCGACCAUGGGCCUUGAGCCCUCCUAUGUCUUCUUGGGCUUUAACAUACUUAACUACUGACGAAGUUAACCCGGCCCAGAUAGGUCGGUUUACGCCCAGUAGUAAUAUCCCCAACAGAAGUCAUACAUGCCCCCUGCAAGCCCAAUGCAUGUCUUUGUCAGGCAGUACAUGAGGCUGCAAUUUGACAGAGAGCGCGAUGAAAGCUACGAGGAGAAGAGGACCAUGAUAGGGGGGCGGUAAGACGAACUAACCUCGCGAUAGAACGCCAUGCGAGCAAAAUAUACACUAGGAACACGUUCGAGCAGUUUGGCGAGCUCCUAGUUGAAGGAACCGCGUACAAUGUCACUGAAGUCGAUAGGAUGAGGAGAUACAUCACCACUCACAAUAAUGCAGCGAAAAGGGAGAAGUGGAGCAGGGUUGCGUACGAGGUAACAAUAAACGAAGAUAUGUCGAUCUUCAGUUGCGAAUGCGGCCAGUUCGAGCAUACUGGCAUGCUUUGCAGCCAUUCGUUGAGGGUGAUGGAAAUUCUUCACAUGGAGGAGAUCCCCAAGCAUCAUAUCAUGAAGCGGUGGAUGAGGGAUGCGAGAGAUGUACUGCCUAGGCACCUGGUUCAGUACCAGAAAGACAGUUCGCAAAACCUGUCAUUCACAUGCAGGCAUGCAACUCUGUAUGUGAAAGCUAUGGAGGUCGUGAGGAUGAGAGACGCAAGUGUUGCAUCAUAUGAUCAUGUGAACGCGGCUCUCGACGCUGUGCUACAGAGUGGGGCAGCGAUUGCGGAGAAGAGGGAUGGGCUGGCUUUCGAGGAUCGGCUCGUUGAACAUACACCUGCAAUACCAGGACCAAAUGGGGAACUAGCGUUUGUCUCGCUGAGCAAUGAACAAUGCCGGAGCCCCGGUCAUUCUGUCAGUGUGAAUGCAAUGCAGAAACUAGCAGCUCCAGACAAGCAUAGAGGUGCUGGGAGACCGACAAGCAGCCGAGAGAAGGCUCCGUACGAGGGGUUAAGCAAGAGGACAAGAUUCUGCAGCAUAUGCCGUCGCGAGGGUCAUAAGAAGACGACGUGCCCAGAAAGGGGGGAUGCGCCGAAGAAGCCACGGAAACUUGGCAAAUGCAAGAACUGUGGAAUAGAAGGGCAUCGACGAAAUACAUGCAAGAGGCCGCUUGGGGUGCCGAGCCAUGAGUUGUAUGGAAUCGGACUUUCUCAUGUUUCAGUGAUUUGUUUGAAUGAUUUCCAUCGAGUGUUUACACUGGAUCAGCAAUGCAUCUGUACUUUUAGCAGUGUAGACAGCCUGUGUACGGCGAUGUAUCUGAGAGCACAAUCUUUCUUUCUGUAGCGAUCAAACUGAUUACUAAAAUUUUCCAUCAGCAUCUGUGCUUCA